AGCUCGUCCAGCUCAGUAGUCUCAACAAUCAACUUCAUCAUGAAAUUCCUUAUUGUCUUCGCCUUGUUCGCUUGCGCAGCUGCCGAUGUUAGCCAUCUAAGCAAUGAAUAUCUGCCACCUGUUCAGCAGGUCUAUUCUGCUCCAUCAGUGCAGAGGACCUACUCGGCUCCUUCUGUCAGCUAUUCGGCUCCAGUUCGCUCAAGUGUGUCCUACUCUGCUCCCAGCAAUGAGUACUUGCCCCCAGUGGCUCAGGCUCAAUCUGUAGGCUACUCUGCUCCUUCCGUGAGCUACUCGGCUCCAUCGGUUAGCUACUCGGCUCCCGCUGUCCACUACUCGGCUCCUGCUGCUCCAUCUGUCAGCUACUCUGCUCCCGCUGUCCACUACUCGGCCCCAGCUGCUCCAGCUGUAAGCUACUCUGCCCCAGCCGUUCAAUACUCCGCUCCAUCUGUAAGCUAUGCUGCUCCCGCCGUUCAAUACUCCGCUCCAGCUGCUCCAUCCGUAAGCUACGUGGCUCCAUCGUCUAGCUACUCCAGUGGCUCUGCCUACGAUGUCGGCACCCAGUACGCCUCCAACGGUGGUUAUGUCUACAAGAAGUAAAAAGGAAAACCAACAGAAAAUUGUAAAUAACUGUCAAUUUUUUUUUUUUUUUACUCCCCCAAAACCCCUCACAAUUUUUUUUUGUGUGAAGAAAAAUAAAACAAGAGACGAAAUAUUUAUGUAAACAAA